UCAGUCUCCUCCACGCUCAGUUCAGGACGAUGAUGCCCUAGCUGCUCCACUCUCUCCACUCCACUCCAGGAUAGAGACCUCUUUUUUCUUUCUCUUUUUCUCUCUGUCUUUCUGUUGCGCCACCAGUCACUUCCGCCACUGAAGCGGAGACCGCUGGAGAUGAAGAAUCUGUACACCAAGACGAAGGGUAAGGUGCACCCUUCCCCUUCACUGACUACUCACUCUGUUUCUGCUGCUUCGUCUGAGGUUGUGUCAGUCCUGAAGGUGCUGCCGGCAGCCAUCCUGGCGCUGGCCAGCGCUCUUGUGGUGGAGGACAGGGAGGUGCUGGCCUACCUGAUAGCGAGGUCGCUAAGCGCAACGCUCGCCCAGGAGGAGCGGCGGAGGUGCCGACGGAGCCAACUCCACCGUCCUGCCUUCGACUGCGGCUGCUUCGACUGCUACAUCAGCUUCUGGACCCGCUGGGACGCCUCCCCCGACCGUGACCUCAUCCACGACGUCAUCGACGCCUUCGAGGAGCAUCUGGCAGCCGCGGAGGGCGGCUCCGGUAAGUCCAACCGCCGCGCCCGGGGCAACAGGCGGCUCUCCGGCAAGAACCGCCCGUUCUGGUCGCCGCCGAGCUCCGAUGGCGCUCCCACCUGUGAAGAGCCCCCCGCGCCGCUGGAGAUCGAUGCGCUGGUGGAGGAGGAAGUCGGAACAGAGCCGGAUGUGGCUCACAAGGACUUUGAGGAGGUUGAAGACACAGGUGGCGGCGGGGAUGAUGCGGAGGAUGAUGGUGUAGACUGCCGGAUAAUCUCCGCUCCGGCGACCGGACGGAGCUUGGUGAGGAAACUGGUUCCGGACGUGAUGGGUUUCUUUGCUUCCCGUUUAUGGAGUGUUUGAUGUCCGGUGGUUCUGAAAAUGGUACUGACAGUGUCGGUACUCGCUUUUCCUCUUCUUCCUCUCCUUUGUUUGUAUAAAUCAUGGGACGAAAAAAAGAAAUGAAUACUUGCUCGGCCCGGCGAUCUCACGCCGUUUUCCGGCAACACUCUCUCUCUCUGUUGUUGCUUUCCGGCCAUUAGGAUAAAAGAUUCUUCUAUCAUUUUUACAUUAUAGGCAAUCUAUCUCUCUGGUGUUAGACAACAAUGGGACAUUAUGUAUACACACACAUUUUAUGUAUAUGUGUUUUGGUUGGGAUUUUGCUAGGGUUUUAUUUUUGUUUUCA